ACAAAAAUAUCUAUAUUUUAAAAAAAAUAUAUUUGAGAAAUCAUUGCAAACAUAUUCAUCAAUUCCUACUUUUAAUAUUUUAAUUUAUAUUUUUUACAAUUAUUUCCUUAUUUUUUUAAUGCAAUUUCCGACAGAUUUAGAGAAAUUUAAGAGCCUAAAUUAGCUCAACAACAACGAAAAAACAAAACAAACUUUCUUUAUUUUCUCAAAAACCAUUUUUCCAAUUCAAACCCACAAUUUCAAAAAUCAAAAUUCACUAUCAGCACUAAUCCUGUUUUUCUUUUCUCAAUCUCUUUUCCUUCUCCAAAAAUUAAAAAAAAAAAAAUAAAACCUAAAUUUUCUUUAAAAAAAAAACCAUUUUUUCUAAGAACAUUGUUUGAGCUCUGUUUCUGCUAGCUUGAGCUCUCUAAUCAAAUUAAGUUAAAGCUUUCAGUUUUUGCAGAUUAAAUCUCAAUGUAAAACUCCUCUUCUAGCUCCAACUUAGCUUUUCAAAACUCAAAGCUUUCAUUUUUUUUUUAAAGUUCAUUUUUUUCUUCUCUUUUGGGUUUUGAAUUUUUAAGCUUGUUUUACUUACAGUGCUUUGAUUUUUCAGUUUUUUUUUUUUAAUGAAAUUUGUUUUUAGAUGAUUUGAACUGAAAAUCAAAAUGGGUUUUUGGUAAAAUCUUGAAAAACAAAAAUAAAAUCCACAGGGUUUAAGCAUGGAUGCAAGAGAAACUGUGAGUAGUAGUAGUGGAGGUGGGGUUACAGUGGUGGGAUCCGAUGUUCCAUCGAACUACAAGAUCGCUCCAAGGUCCGCCGACAACCCUAGCUCCGUCCCUGGAUCCGCGCCACCUCCGCAGCCGCAACCGGCGAUGGUGCCUCCGCCAUCCACGGCGGCGACGUUGCCUUUGAAGAAGAAGCGAGGAAGGCCAAGAAAAUAUGGUCCUGACGGCAGCAUCACGAUGGCGUUGUCUCCAAAGCCGAUAUCCUCGGCAGCUCCGGCUCCGCCUCCGGUGAUCGAUUUCUCUGCUGAGAAACCAAGGAAAAUAAAGCCGGUGAGCAAGGCAAAGUAUGAGCUGGAGAAUUUAGGUGAAUGGGUUGCAUGCUCUGUUGGUGCUAAUUUUACUCCCCACAUCUUAACUGUCAAUGCUGGCGAGGAUGUUACAAUGAAGAUCAUAUCAUUUUCUCAACAAGGCCCUCGAGCUUUAUGCAUCCUUUCUGCAAAUGGUGUGAUCUCAAGUGUUACACUUCGUCAACCUGAUUCCUCUGGGGGCACGCUAACAUAUGAGGGACGUUUUGAGAUUCUGUCUUUAUCUGGUUCAUUCAUGCCAAGUGAAAGUGGAGGAACUAGGAGCCGAUCUGGUGGGAUGAGUGUGUCAUUGGCAAGUCCAGAUGGACGAGUUGUAGGUGGUGGAGUUGCAGGUCUGUUGGUAGCUGCAAGUCCCAUUCAGGUUGUAGUAGGCAGUUUUUUGGCAGGGAACCAACAUGAGCAGAAACCAAAGAAGCAGAAACCUGACUCCAUUUCAACUGUUGUCACACCAACUGUUGCCAUGCCAAUUUCUACUGCUGAUCCAAAACCCAAUUUGUCAUCUUCCUCCUUCCGUGGAGAUAGUUGGUCUCCUUUGCCAUCAGAUUCGAGGAAUAAGCCAACUGAUAUUAAUGUGUCUUUGCCAGCAGGUUAAAUUGGUUCACUUUACGGGUGGAUUAAUCUGUUCAUCACUGACGACGAGGCUCAAUUUCCACUCGUAGAAACUCACCUUCAUGUGUUGUCUGUAAAAUCUAUUAAAUAUUUCAGAAAUGGCACGUUUAUUUUACCCCUUUUGUUUUGGGGUAGAGUUUUAGUUAGUUAGCCAAUUAGUUAGGCUCCUGCUGCUGUUGUGUCAUGUAGAAUAUUUGACGUACUUCACAGCUAGAGUUGCCUUUGGGAGUUGUGGAUUGUCUGAAAAUUGUUGUUCUAACAUUUCAUUUUGCAUUAUUUUGUACUUUCUUUUUUGUAGGAUCCUUUAUGGGGUUCUAAUUUGAGGGAGUUUUUGUUUUCCGACUUUUGUUUCAGUUAACCUAAUUUUUCUUUGGUUACAAA